AUGUUCGACUCUCAAUGGUCGGACGUUACGCGAAAGCGUCCGAGAGAAGAUGAAGAAGACACUUGUGUUGGCCUGGUUUGCAUGGGAGAAGCCAUGAAUGGGAAUCUUGGCUUCACCGAACAUCGUAAUAAACGUCUACAGUCCCUUCCGCUACGUACUUCCCCGACACAGAAACGAUGGUCUGGUCCACCAGGUUUCCCGGCGGCGACAGCAGCAACAACCCCUCCCACUACGAUUACCCCGACCGAUUCCGAUUCGGAAGACGCGCAAUAUCCGCAGCAAUCGAACCCAUCCAUGGAUGUGGAUAGGGACACAGAUAUGAUGGUCGAUUCUGCAUCCGAACAUAUCCAUCCCGCUUCAUCCCAACCGGAAAUCGUCGAUCCUAGCACUACCGGACGCAUGCCCACCCCUAUACAUUGUUCCUUCGCUGCACAAGUACGGGGAAACAACUGGGGUCCGAUAAACCAGACGAUGCACGCUGCAAAUCGAUUAGUCAACGCUCCAAUGUCAGACGACGAAGUCGGCUUAGCGCAAGCCGAGCCUUUUCCUACGGGACACGAUGAGUCCUCGGUGCCUCGGUCGCUUGGGGGUGCUGCUGAAUGGUCAAUGGUUCAAAACAGACGUCUGCCGUCUCCUAUUAGUGAAAGUGGCGGCGAAGACACACCUACGAGCCCGGGCAUGGUAUUAGAUUCUCGCUUGCCUGCAGCCGCUCAGCUUCAAAGGCCAUAUCUUCCUCACUUGCCCCAUUCGACGAAUCCUCAUGCUAUGGCCAUCCAUCCUAACAUACAAACCAUCCCUCCAGCUACCGACAGUGAUGCUGGUAUGAUGGAUGCCGAUCCCGCGUCAUCCCCUUCCUCGGCACCCGCUACACCAUCACCAAGAGGCAAAUUCGGACACUCGCGUAGCAAACACACGCUCAAUUCCUGGACCCUCCAGCCCGGCAUGAAAAAGUCGUUCAGUAUAGGAUACAGGGCCGACUGUGAGAAAUGUCGUAUGAAGAUCCCAGGACAUUUUAACCACAUUAUCAUUUCGUAG